UUGCCCUUAAUAUAAAUGACCAUCAUAAAGGACUACAAGCCGCUUGAACUGACGUUGAACAUCCGUAAAUUAACCAAGAAUGAUUCGUGGAGGUGGAAAACAAGGCAAGCUAUGAAGCGAAUCAAAAAAUUUGUCCUAAAAUACUACAAGACGGAAGCAGACGUGGUAAUUUCACCAGAGUUGAACAAGGAAAUGUUUAAACAUGGAAUGAAAAACCCGCCUAGCAAGGUUAGAGUGCGAAUAGAGCCAACUGUUUCUGCAAAGGAUGCGAAUAGGCGUGUCUUUAGGCUGUCGCAUGUGGUGGUAGGCAGUUUCAAAGGGUUAGCCACCGAGGCUGUGGUUGAGUAAAAGGUUUUUAGCGA